UUCUCAGCCAAUCUGCGCGCAGUGACGCUGUGAAAAAGGCUGGAUCUGCUCUUGGAUUCAUCACCGUAUUUAACACACUCCCUCCCACAUUCACACAUGCAACGGAGACAAAUUCUGAUUUCGGCGGAGCCCGCGGGGGGAUUUCUGUCUCCUCUUUACCUGCGAAUAUCUUUUUCUUUAAACUGCUGUGACAGAAUCCUGGAGCUCGACUGGAUACGCGCGCGUCUCCUACUUUAGAGACUUUUCCAUAAACCCCGGUUUAAAUGCGAAGCGACGUCCCGGCGGACCCGCGGCAGCUCUCGGAUCACGGUUUGGACACAUGCGCGCCGUCGCAGCGCACGAUCCGUGCCGCGUAAAAAGAAACGCGCUGGUGGAUCCGCGACGCGCAUCCGGCGGACGACGCGGCAGAAGCUCUUCCACCUGGAUCCUUUUUGCGCAUGAUUUCCCAAACCGCCACUCUGAUGUUGAAAAUCCAAAGGCUGAACGCUGAAUCCUUUACUCAAGACGGCCAGUGAGGAUGGCUCCUACGUCUUUAACGUCUACUUGGUCCGACUGGCGUCCAGUCUGAUCAACAUCAUCAGCGAUGUAGUCAGCCUGGUCAUCUGCGUGCUGAUCAUCUGUAGUAAAUACUCGCAUCUGCUCAAAAAGGAGACCAUGAAGAUGAUCGUCCUGCGUAAAUUCCGGGUUUUGAUCCUCAUGGUGUUCCUGGUCGCGUGCUCCAUGCACAUCAUCAUAGACUUGUUACCCAAACUGGAGCGACACCGGAGCAGCGGCUGCUCCUGCUCCAACGCGCCGAGCGAAGAGCCCCAGAGCUGGGGCAAGCAGGAAUGGCCUAACAAGCACACGCUGCGGAUCCUGCAGGACUUCAGCAACGAGCCCAGCUCCAACGUGUCCUCCCAUUCGCUGGAAAGGAUGCCGGUGACCGUAGACAAAGCGCAGGCUUUCUGGCGGCUGGAGCCCGAGCGCGCCGGCAGGAAGCGGCACCUGAUCCAGGACGCAGCGGUGCUCAAGAACGCGCCGGCCAAAGGUUCCAGACUGUCGGCUCUCUACGAGCAUCCUUUGUACAAAAGGUCCGUGCCUCCUCUGACGGAUGAGGACACGCUGUUCAACGUCAACACCGACAUCAGGUUUGACCCCAAAGCAGCAGAGGACCAGGAAUGGAAUGGUGAAGGCACCACCAAUGGGUUCGGUCCAACUGGGGAGUUGACAACUGAGUCCUACCCCAACUGGCUUCGCUUCCAUAUUGGGAUUAACCGAUACGAGCUGUACUCCAGACACAAUCCCGCCAUCGAUGCCCUUCUGAAGGACCUGGUCACCCAGAGAAUCACUACUGUCGCAAUGAAGUCUGGAGGCACUCAGCUCAAGCUCAUCAUGACCUUCCAGAACUAUGGCCAGGGUCUGUUCAAGCCCAUGAAGCAGACCCGGGAGCAGGAGACACCACCAGACUUCUUCUACUUCUCAGACUUUGAGAGACACAAUGCCGAAAUUGCUGCCUUCCAUCUGGACAGGAUCCUGGACUUCCGUCGUGUCCCUCCUGUGGCUGGCAGGCUGAUCAACAUGACGAAAGAGAUCCGGGAUGUCACCAGAGACAAAAAGCUCUGGAAGACCUUUUUUAUAUCUCCAGCUAACAACGUGUGUUUCUACGGGGAGUGUUCCUACUACUGCUCCACUGAACACGCACUGUGCGGUAAACCGGACCAGAUAGAAGGAUCGUUGGCCGCCUUCCUCCCGGACCUGGCCCUCGCCAAACGCAAGACUUGGAGGAACCCGUGGAGGCGUUCCUACCACAAACGCAAGAAGGCCGAGUGGGAGGUGGAUCCAGACUUCUGCGAGGAGGUCAAGCAGACGCCACCUUAUGAUAGUGGGAUGCGACUGCUGGACGUCAUGGACAUGACCAUCUUUGACUUCCUCAUGGGAAACAUGGACCGACACCAUUACGAGACCUUUGAAAGUUUGGCAACGGAGACCUUCAUCAUCCACCUGGACAAUGGCAGAGGGUUUGGAAAGCAUUCGCACGACGAGGUGUCCAUUCUGGUGCCACUGAGCCAGUGCUGCCGGGUGAAGAAGUCGACCCACUUGCGUCUUCAGCUGCUGGCGAAGGAAGAGUACAAGCUGUCCGCACUGAUGGAAGAAUCCCUGACGAGGGACCGACUCAGUCCCAUCCUCAUCCAGCCACAUCUGGAUGCGCUGGACCGACGACUGCGCCAGGUUCUGAAUGUGCUGGCAGACUGCAUCGAAAAGGAGGGAUACAGUAAUGUAGUGGAGGAUGACCUCCAGGAGGACCAAGCGACAGGCCCCGCCCACAACAGCCCAGAGCGCAGGUAGCUGGCUGUGGUCCUGACAGCUCCCCAGGACUGAGUCUCUCCACGUAGAAGACUAGAAUGUGUGGAAGCGCUCAUUUCUUUUGAACUGGACUGACAUCCUGUAAAAAAAA